AUGUUGUUGCAGGUUCGAUUCACGGUGAUGUUUGCUGAAGAUGAUGACAAGGACUCUGUUUUUCUUACUGAUGAUGAACAGUAUUACGGUGAAUUGAGUUUUGAUUACAAGAGGAACUAUCCCAAGAAUCAAGUAUCAAGCUCAGAAAGCUCAAUGGAGUUGGUAGACACCUUACAUUCCCACAAGAGGAGAAACAGAGGAAACCCCUUUGAUGGAUCUGAUUGUGAAUGGGGAUCUAUUGAUAAUGUAUGGCAGAGAGAGACAGAGAGAGAGUUUAUGGGUUUGUCACGUGACAGAACACUAAUUCUUUAUGUUCUAAUUGUUGGGAUGUGGGUCUGUCAAAUAACAUCACGAACUCUAAGUAAGGCAUACGUAUCAGAAAAACAUGAUCAAUGGAUGGUUGAAUAUGGUCGUGUAUACAAAAGUAAUGCGGAGAAGGAAAUGCGCCUCAACAUAUUCAAGAAGAACUUCGAAUUAAUAGAAUCGUUCAACUCCUUUGGAAAUCAGUCUUACAAGUUGGCUGUCAACCAAUUUGUAGACCGAACAAAGGAUGAAUACGAGGCCUAUGCAUAUGGGCUCAUGAAUCCACACGAUUUGGAAUUACCUCUGUCAACAUCUUUUAAAUAUGAAAGAGUGAGUGAAGUGCCAUAUAGAUUGGAUUGGAGGAUGGAAGGAGCUGUAACAAAAGUCAAGAACCAAUUUCAAUGUGGUUGUUGUUGGGCUUUUACUGCAAUUGCGGCGGUGGAAGGAAUUACUCAAAUCACGACUGGCAAAUUGUUGUCAUUAUCCGAGCAACAACUUGUGGAUUGUGACCGAAAUGUAAACCGAGGGUGUCAUGGAGGAUACUACGAUCUUGCCUUUGAUUAUAUCGCGAAAAAUGGGAUAAAUACCGAAAAUUAUUACCCUUACCAUGCAGUAGACGAAACAUGCAACACCACAAAAGAAGCGUUUCGCGCAGCGACCAUUACUGGUUAUGAAAAGGUACCAACCAACAAUGAGACAGCACUGCUGAUGGCUGUGUCCAAACAGCCGGUAUCAGUUGCCAUAGACAUAAGUUGUUACGAAUUCAGGUACUAUUCAAGAGGUGUUUUAACACAUCAUUGUGGAACAAAUUUAAGCCAUGGUGUUACAGUGGUUGGGUAUGGAGUACACUAUGGCAUAAAGUAUUGGCUAGUGAAGAACUCAUGGGGUCCUGCUUGGGGUCAUAAAGGAUAUAUAAAGAUGAAGCGCGAUGUGAAUUUCGCAGAAGGACUGUGUGGGAUUGCCAUGCGAGCCUCUUACCCGAUAGCUUAA